CAGCCGGGCAGCGGUGUCCCCGCGUACCACGACGGCGGGGAACGGCAUCUGCGCUGCGCAGAGAGCCCGGAGCCGCCUUCGUGGAGCCCAGCGCUGCCAUCCCACCGCGUCUCUGCUUCCCCAAGCGCCGGACGGACGGGCGGAGAGACAGACGUGCCGGCACGGCGCUCGCUGCCGCGGCGGGCGGAAGAUGCGCGUAUUUAUGGAGCCAGCGCUUCCUUUUGCGUUUGACUGACAGCUAGGAUCCCUUCGCUGCCUGGUCACCGGCGCUGAUUUGUAUGCGCAAGGGUCCGCCUCGCACCGAGAUGCAGCCACAGCAGCUUGCAGAGCUGUCACACUCACACAGGCUUCUUAUCUGCACUGGCUUGACGAAUUAAAAAGCAAGCCAGCCAGCGAGAGAGACCGGGAGAGAGAGGGGGGAAGAGAGAGAGAAGCUUGCAGACAGCGCUCGCUUGCUUUCCUAAAGGAAGGAUUUUGCGUCUCUAGUGCUCCCUGGUUGUGAUGAUGCUUCACUUAGCGGGCUCCAGAAUGAGCUAGAGACAGCAGCUAGGGGGAUAAACUGAAAGCAGACCACAAACCGUUCCGAGCAAACCAAACCGGGAACAGUUUUCUCCUUUAUUCUAGCAUGGUGGAUGUAUGGACAGUCUUACAGAGCAGAGGUUGACUUCUCCAAAUCUGCCAGCCCCACAUCUCGAACACUACAGUGUUCUGCAUUGCACCAUGACCUUGGAUGUUCAAACGGUGGUCGUUUUUGCAGUGAUUGUGGUGCUAUUGCUUGUGAAUGUCAUACUCAUGUUUUUCCUGGGCACUCGUUAAAUGGAUUUUUUCUCCUGAGCUGUUGGGGGCUACUACUACCACUAGCAAUUCAACAAGAGAGCAAGAGCGGGAGAGAGAGAGAAAGGAGAGAGAGAGAGAGAGAAAGAGAGAUUCUUACUGAGGGGGGAACGCGUUGAGCUUCAACAUGGCCUCGCUGUGAUAUGUAUUCAGUACACAGCCCAACUGCUGUGUAUAAUGUCUGAAGGAAAAUUGCCAAAAAUCCAUCUGAUCAGUGGUGGUUCUAUUGUAAGUGCUGAGGCAGUAUGGGAUCACGUCACCAUGGCCAACCGGGAGUUGGCGUUUAAAGCAGGAGACGUUAUCAAGGUGCUGGAUGCUUCCAACAAGGACUGGUGGUGGGGUCAGAUUGAUGACGAAGAAGGAUGGUUUCCCGCCAGCUUCGUGAGGCUAUGGGUGAACCAAGAAGAUGGAGUGGAGGAGGGAACCAGCGAAGUGCAGAAUGGCCACUUGGAUCCAAGCGCCGACUGCCUCUGUCUUGGCAGAACCGUCCAGAACCGAGAUCAGAUGAGAGCCAAUGUCAUCAAUGAGAUCAUGAGCACGGAGCGUCACUACAUCAAGCACCUCAAAGACAUUUGCGAGGUACGUGGGGUUGUGACACGAGGGAUGCAGCAGCACAUGUGAUGGGCUGUGGAGAGC